AAGUCCGUAUGUGACAGUCGCGGUAAAAGUUAACAUUUUUCAAAAAAAAAAACCUCAUAAGUGAGUACUGAGCUGAUUUCAGUGGACAGAGUUGGGUGAGUGAGGAAGGAACGGCAGUGACGCCUGAAGGUGAAGACCGGCGGCGGCGAGUCCCGACGGUGAAGCUGAUUUAGCAGAGAACCUUUGGGAGGUUGAUGGCAGGCAAAGCGGCAAAAUCUGUGGUGAAGGCAGUUGGGGACUACCAGUACCCAUGGCGGGAGAAGUUGGUUAAGUACAAGAAUGAGCUAUCCAAGGGUGUAUGGGGUUACUGGGAGCUAGGGGCCUGGAAACCCCUUGGCAUUAGUGCUCGUCAUAGAGCUAGACUUCGCAAAGAAGUCCUACUUGCUGGGGAAGACUGGUCAUAUGAUCCAGAGAGGAAAGAGAUGAGAACCAAGAGGAAAGGGCACAAAUGUGAUAGGAUUGCUGCAGAAAAACGGGCAAACACUGCUAGGUUGAUGCAAGAGAUGCCACAAAUGUUGCUGGAUUACAAGAAGCGCAAGUGGGAGAAGAAGAUGAAGGAAGAAGACAAGAGCAAGUGAAUGGUUCCCUCUUGAUCUUUCCUUUUCUUAUGACGUUUCUUUUUGAUAAGGUCUUUCUUCUUUUUUCCUUUUUCUUUUUCAUGAAUAAACGGUAGAAAUGUCUUCUUAUUAAAGCUUAAUGGACUUGGCUUAAUAUGCAUACACUCUACAUCAUUUUUGUGUAUGUUCUUGAAAGAAUUUCCUGGAGAAAUAUCUUAUGCACUAGAGUGCACAAAUGCACAUUAUGUUUCCUCCAGAAAAUUGAUUAGCUGCUUGAAAUUGUUAUUCCUCAAGAAAUUCAAAAUGUCAUGGGAUACUCCUUUUCUGUGUUUUUUU